ACACGUUGCGACUCGUGAUAUGUUUUUAUAAAUUUUAAUCAGGCAGCUGCUGCCUACGUGGCCUGGCACGUGGCGUCGUCGCCGGCUGCCUCGCUCCCUGCUCCGGCGACCGUUCCUCCGGGAGACCCACACGUGCGCCCGACGUGUACAACCGCCGCGAAGAAAACUCGCAGCUAAUCCAUGCUCUAGUUCACCUCUUCUACUCUCGAUCUCCAUCACCGAUUCACCGAUCGGUCGAGUAGGGCAGCCAUGGGCGGAUCAAGGAACAACAAUGGCGGGAAAACGGCGGAGGCGGCGGCGGCGGCGAGCGGCACGGCCAACACCGUCGUGGCGCUCGUGCUCCUCCUCGUCGCCGCGUCGGCCGUCGUGUUCUUGCUGUCGCCGCCGACGCCGGCGGCGACGCGGAUCGGCCGUCACGGCGACGGCGGCCCCCGCCGCGAGCCGGUGGAGCUGGCCAUCGGGCUCGCCGGACACGAGAGCUGGCUCGACGCCGUCCGCGCCUGGGCGAAGCUGGCCUGCCUGAAGCUCCGGCCGCCGGAGCCGCGGUACGAUCUGCGCAGCCCGGCGGCGGUGAAGGCGGCGGCGAAGGAGGCCCUGGAGAUGGGCAAGGUGGCGGUGGAGCACGCCGCAGAGUCGGCGGCGACGGCGGCGGAGGAGGCAGUGGGGAAGACCACGGUGAAGCUCAAGAGGAAGUUGUCGCCGCCGACAUCGCCGGCGGGGGGGCGCCUCGACGAAGACCUGUGACCCUGUGUUCUGUACUGUAAGUAUUAUAUGUUCGAUAUGAACCGGCCAUAUCAUAUGUCAAGCAGUUGAAAGCUUACACUAGCAGUAAAUUUUGGAGUCGGCAUGUCAUCUGCGUACGGCAGGAAUGUUGGGACUGUAUGAGCAGGCGAAG